AUGAGUGAAACUCCUUCAACUAGUUACUCAGUGAAUCAGCCAAACUCCUCUGAGAGUGAACAGAGUUUAUCUACCCGCCAUUUCAACGUUACCGAACCUGUAGUGGCCAAACGGAUCUGUUUCUAUAAAAGUGGAGAUCCUCAGUUUAAUGGAAUCAAAAUGGUCAUUAAUAACCGGUCUUACAAAACAUUUGAUGCCUUGCUGGAUAGCUUAUCCAAAAGGGUCCCAUUACCUUUUGGAGUAAGGAAUAUCAGUACACCAAAAGGGAGACACUGCAUCACCAAUCUUGAAGACCUUGAAGAUGGAAAAUCUUAUAUUUGCUCCCAUCAGAGGAAAAUGAAGCCUAUCAACCUAGAACGGGCUAGCAAAAAGCCAUUGCCCUGGCAGAUCAGUAGGCCCGUCAGUGCUCGCCGUCGUGCUGUGCAGUUAGCAAGGGAGAAUGAAGUUGGAUUUGGACACAGAGAAAGAAAAAUAACAACUCCUAAAAAGAUGCUUGUUUUCAAAAAUGGAGAUGUAAGACUCAGACGCACCAUAAUUCUGGGAAAGAAAAAUACACAAACCUUUGAGGCCUUUCUGGACUAUAUGAGUGAAUUAAUGCAAUAUCCAGUCCUGAAACUAUAUACCACUGAUGGCAGAAAGGUUCCUAAUCUUCAGGCCCUGAUACUGUGCUCUGGAGCUGUAGUCGCAGCAGGGAGAGAGCCUUUUAAACCAAGCAAUUAUGAUUCCCUUGGGCAUUCACAACCAGCUAAAUUGCUUGGAAUUGCAAAUCGUGUGUACCCAAAAGCAAAUGCCAAGUCAGAAAGUGAAAAUACUAGGAAAUGGAAGGUGUCAGUCCUCACCAGUGAUAUGCCAUCUGCAGAAACAAGUUCAAAGGUUUAUAUUACAUUGUAUGGGGAUCACAGCAGUUCAGGGCCUAUUUUUCUUGAUGGAGAGGAGGGAAAAUUAUUUCAGAGAGGCAAUGAAGACAUCUUCACAGUUCAUACUGGAAACAUAGGAAAUCUUUACAAAAUACGCAUAGGACAUACAAAUUCAGGAAAUUCCCCUGCCUGGCACUGUGAAGAGGUGCAGUUGCUGAACCUUUUCUCGGGGGAGCAGUUUUCUUUCCCUGCACAUCGAUGGCUGGCCUGGGACCAAGCUAAUGGGGAAACAUCCAUGGAGCUUCCUGUUUUCUGUCAGGGUCAGCCUGUUCUUCCAGGCUUAUCUGUAGUACAAUACUCCAUGACUGUCUAUGAAGUACAUGUGACAACAGGAGAACUGUGGAAUGCUGGAACAGAAGCUGAUGUCUAUAUUUCUAUCUAUGGAGAAAAAGGUGACACAGGAUCAAGACAGUUGCUCAGAUCACAGAAACCCAAGAAAUUUUUGAAAGGACAAACUGAUAUCUUUUCUGUGGAAGCUGUUCACCUUGGACAUUUGUACAAGAUUGUUAUAGGACACAAUGGUCUUGGAUCAGGAAAUGGAUGGUAUCUGGACAAAGUUGUAAUCAAGGACCCUAUAACAGAUCUGGAUUAUACUUUUCUUUGUCACAGAUGGCUGGACAGUGGGCAGGAUGAUGGCAACAUUGCUAGAGAACUGACCGUGACAGAUGCCAGCACGUUUCCAGGAAGACAAGAGCUGGAACUCAAGAGAGAAGAAACUUGGACUGCCGAAAAGUGGAAAUUCCAGAAAGGCAAUACACUUCAGUUUUACAAUAGGCUCACCGGUGGUUUCAUAUGCCUCAGUCCAGAUAGCAAAGUAGAUGCUCUUGGUGACAAGAAGAACAAAUAUGUUUUUCUGAGUAUGAAGCUUCAGAAGAUAAGCAAAGACAAGACUUGCUGUGAGCUCCGUGUUCACCUUCAACCAAAUGGUUCUGCCAUUCUUGAGUCAGCCAGGAACCCAGGUCACACAGUUACGUUCAAUCUUCAAGGCAAAGUAGCUGAUGACACAACAGGAUAUGCUGGACUGUCCAGAGAAUUUGUUUUGCAUGUCAAGGGUGUGUUUCAUCAUGGUGCCAUCAUUCUGCUCAACACAAGUCUCUGCCAGGCUCUGUCCCUCAGACCUGACGGGAGCUGCAGUGGAACAGGUCAGCAGCAGCAGGAAUCCUACUGGAAAGUACAUAAAAUCGGCUCUGGAGUCUGCAUGUUUGAGAGUGUGAGAAACCCAAAAAUGUACCUGAAGAUCAAAGAUGGCCAGUGUAAUGGAACAGGCACGGGUGAUGAAUACUGUCAUUUUAAAAUUGAGAAGAAUUUGGAAGCUGGAUCUGUAAGUCUAGAAUCAGUGCGAAAUAAAGGGAUGUAUGUUGGUCUCCUGCCAGAUGGUCAGACUAAGCCAGUCAUUAACAUUGGAGAGAACAACAUUUUUUUCUACCCACAGGUCAUCAAAUUUGGCCGGGAAAAGCCUAUGGGAACAUCUGCAGCACCCAAUCAGGAAAAGAAAGGCUUCAGAGAAUCUGAACGCCAACCAGCAAAAGCCCAGAAGCAAGUAUGUCAAACCCCCUCAACUUUUCCACACUCAAAGGAAAUGAGAAAUCCCCAAGGUGGUGAGUGUCCCCCUCCUUCAGCUGAUGAAUGGAAAGUGUCAAUGAUGACAGGAAAUACAGGAACUCAAGUAAAUGUCACUCUCUGGAUAUAUGGAGACAGAGGAGCAUUUGGACCAAUAACUCUUGGCAAGGACAACAGAAAGCAGCUGUUUCUUCCCAGGCAGGAGGAUGAAUUUCAGGUUAAAAUAAAAAGUGUUGGGAAUAUCUACAAGAUAAGAAUUGAACUCGAUGAAUUACCAAAUGAGCAGUCAGAGUGGAACUUACAGAGUGUGACACUGCAACAUCUGAUGAGUAAGAAAACUCUGAAUUUUCCAGCAAACACAUGGUUUUCAAAGAAUAGUGUUGACAGAGAUUUUGUCUUUGAACUUCCAGUACUGGAAGCUGGAAAACCUAUCUAUCCAAUUGUUUUAUACCAUGUUUAUGUCUACACUGGUGACUUGGAGCAAGCUGAUACAGAUUCUGCUGUUUAUCUGUGUAUCUAUGGAAAAAGAGGAGAUUCUGGUCUAAGACUUCUGCAUAAAUCUGGUAUACCAGUGAAAUUUCGGAGAGGAAAGGUCAAUGCUUUUGAAGUGGAAGCUGUAUCUCUUGGAAAACUGCAGAAGGUGCUGUUGCGCUGUGAGGCUAAUUCUAAGUCCCAGUAUUGGUACUGUGAUAAAGUCAUUGUCAGAGAAGCUGAGAACAACUUGGAAUAUGUUUUCAAUUGCGAAAGACCACCUGAUAAGCAACAGAACUGCACAGAACCUGAUGACUGGAUAUGGAGGGUUAGGUGGCUUCCAUUUAUGUCCCAAGGUGUAAUUCAUUCAGAAAUUGAUCUGUAUCCUCAAGAAAUUCAGGUAAAUCAGCAGCUGAAAAUGCAACAAGAAACAAAUGAAGGAGACUGGAAGAUUACUGUAGUCACUGGGGAUUUUGAAACAGCUGGCACAACAGCAACAGUAUCCCUUUAUGCUUAUGGAGAAAAGAAAGCUUCUGGCCCUAUUAUUUUGGGAUCUGGGAAACACCAGCUGUUUAAUCCCAACAGUGAAGAUACAUUUAAGAUUAAUCUCAGGGAUCUUGGGCAGCUAUAUAAAAUCCGCAUUGGCCAUGAUAACACUGGAAAUGAUCCCAGUUGGUACCUGGAGGAAGUCAGACUUGAAAGACUAGUCCCUCUUUCUCAAGAAGAGAUUUGUCUACCCAUAGAGUGCUGGCUUGCAGAAGACAAGGGUGAAGGUGAUACAUGGAGAGAAUUGGCAAUAAGAAACCCCACAAAGGAACUUUUGCCAUUGCUGGUGUAUGAGAUCCAUGUAUACACAGGGGCUAAACUUGGUGCUGAAGCAGAUUUUAAUGUCUAUAUCAAUCUUAUUGGGACAAGAGGAGAUGCUGGCAAAAGGAAGCUUCACAGAUCUAAGAACAAUAAUGUAAAGUUUCAACACGGACAGAUGGACAUUUUUUUCAUAAAGGCUGUCUCACUGGGAGACUUGGAGAAAGUUCUGAUUAGCCAUGAUGGAGCUGCUCCAGGCAAUGGAUGGUUCCUGGAUAAGAUUGUGAUCAAAUAUAAAGAAGGAAAGGAAGCUCAGGAGGUUGUAUUUCCUUGCAACAGAUGGUUAGAUGAAUAUCAAGAUGAUGGGAAAACUCAGAGAGAGCUAACUGCCAAAAAAGAUGGCAAUUCAAAGAAGUCAUUCCUUAAAGCUCAACAGUGGAGAGUGCAAGUUAAAACAGAUGGAGAUUCCCCAGAACCACAGGAUUGUAAAAGGACCCUUGUGAUUUAUGGCUCAAAGGGCAAAAGUGAUAAGAUCCUGCUUUCUCCACAAAGACCAGGACAUGUGUGUUUUCUACCCAGAGCAACGGAUGAAUUCAUUGUUGAGACUGGAGAUGUGGGAGAUGUAUACAAGAUUCGGGUCAGCUGUGAUGAUGUGCCAGGCUUUGAGGGCUGGCAUUUGAAGUCUUUCCACUUAGAAGAGCUACAUGCAAAACAAAAACUAAACUUUGACUGUAACUGCUGGCUCUCUAUUAGCAAAGAAGACAAGGAGCUUGUGAAAGAAUUCCCUGCAGUCAAUGAGGACCAGAAAACUUUACCAGUCCAUAAAUAUGUUGUCUCUGUACAUACUGGUGACUGCUGGGGAGCAGAAACCUUUGCAAAUGUUUAUAUCACUCUUUAUGGGACAAGAGGCGACACCGGUGUAAGGAAACUCCAUACAUCGUUAACACCAGGAAGAAAAUUUCAAAGGAGCAAGGUGGAUUCAUUUUUGGUGGAAGCUGUUUCUCUCAGUCAUUUGCAAAAAGUGGUUAUAGGGCAUGAUGGAGAAGGAUAUGGGGCUGGCAUGUACCUCAAGAUGAUAACAGUCAGAGAAUCACAAGACUCAGACAAAGAAUGGGUCUUCCCAUGGUGGAACUGGCUUGAUACUCAUCUGGGAUCAUGUGAGACUGUUUGUGAGAUAGUUACAGUUGGUAGAAGAUUGAUUUCUUGUCCUAAGCUGCCUGAAAUCAACAUGCAGUCAUCAGGUCUCUGGAUAAUGGACAUCACUGGAUCUGACUUGAGCAAUGAAGUGGAUCCAUUACACCUUUCUUUCAUCUUCUAUGGCAACCUGAAUCACAAAAAGUUGCCACUUCAAGUUACAGGAAAAGCAAUUCAAAUCAAAGAUGAACUGGCAGAUAUUGGCUCACUCUACAAAGUUCAGGUAACUGGACCACAUAGUGAGCUAAAACAGCCAUGGAACUUAGAUUUACUGCAUAUGAAGCACACAGGCACAAAGGAAGAGAUGUAUUUAGCUUUUGACUGCUUGUUCAACCCUAAUGAAGACAAAUGUGUGGAACUGCCAGCUCUCUAUGCAGAUCAGGAGCCUUUGCCUGUUGUGGAAUAUUCAAUCCAUUUGCACACGGGAGACUUGAAGAAAGCAGAUGCCACUGGUGAGGCUUAUCUUUGUAUUCAAGGAGAGAGGAGUGACUCAGGGAAACGAUGGCUUAACUCAAGAAACAGCCUGAUCACUUUUGCUAGAGGGCAGGUGGAUGUUUUCAAAAUCAAAGCAGUACACCUUGGCAAGUUGAACAAAGUUCUUGUUGGAUUUAAGAGUCCAAAAAAAGAUGAGUGGUUCUUGGAAAAAAUUGUUAUAAAAGAAGUCAGCUACCCUUUUUCUUCUCACGUCUUUGCUCACAAUGACUGGAUCAAUAAAUGCUCUAAGAAAGAUUUUGUAGAAGUGGUAAUUCCACUCAAAGGUAAUGCCGCAGAAAUGUCCUCAAUUUGUGUGAAUCACUAUUGCAUGGUAAAGCAGAAUAAAGUCAGCACAAUGCUACCUCACAGUGUAGCCAAACUGAACAAUGGUAUACCAAUGUGUGAGUGGCUGGGGCCAGGCCCAAGGCAAAUCAUGUCUUCUGAAAAAAAAGGAGGAGGAAGAAAUCAUGCCUGGGAUGGAAAAGAUGGGAAUGGCAAUGCUUCACAGCUUGAUCUUGCUGCUGCCAGAGGAGGUGGUAAUGAAAAUGUCUGUGACAUCUCUUCUUACAAAACAAAUGAUACUAAAAGUAGAGGACGAUGGCAAAUGUGGGUACACUGUACACAGGUACCAGAAGACGUGCCUGAUAUUCAGGUUGUUGUAUUUGGAAGAAGAGGGAAAUCUCCUGCACAGAAAGUUCAGAAUCUGAAUGAUAAUCCAUUUUUGUUGACUGUUGGAGAUAUUGGAGAUAUAACAAAAGUUUCCUUUGUGUUAUCCAGUCCAUGUUUGGGAAGAGGAAUUAAACUUCACAAGCUUCGGCUAAAAGAUCUGGACACUAAACAAGACUUGGGCUUUUUCACUGAAGCCCAGUGUCUGUUUGGAGAAGAUGGAUCUGAGACUGUGACAGAGCUAGCAGCAGUCAGACCAGAAAAAGCACCACUCAGGGAAGUUCUUUACUCAGUCAGUGUUCAUACGGGAACAUUGCCUGCAUCAGGGACUGAUGCAGACAUAUUUAUCACAAUAUUUGGAGAGCAGGGAGAUUCCUGCAAAAGAAGGCUAAACCACUCACAUUUUGAAAGAGGACAGGUCAGUAUUUCUGAGAUGAGAGCAGUAGACCUUGGGCAGUUAAGCCAAGUGCUUGUUGAGCACAAUAAUGUGGGUUAUGGAGCUGGAUGGUACCUGGAUCGGAUUGUCAUCCGUGAAUCAGGCAAGACUGAUGGCCAAUAUGCAUUUCUUUGCCAGCAAUGGUUAGACAGUGGAGUUGGCGAUGCACAGAUGGAAAGAAUGUUGAGACUUCUUGGAAAAGUCAGGAAUGGAAUGCUGACAGGAAAGAUUCAUGGGACGUGGGAUGUCUUUGUCACAACUAGUGAUAUUUCUUCUAGUUCCUUGAAUCCUAAAAUGUCUCUAACUGUGUGUGGUGGAAAAGGUGCCUGUACUUCAGUCAUAUUCGCAAAAGGAUCACUUAAAAAAAAACAGGUCUAUGAGACUUCAAUUGAACUAAAUAAGAAAUUCAGUACUAUAUUCAAAGUUCGCCUAGAAAUUGAAGAAGCUGGAGAAGGAGAGACUUGGCAUUGCCGUGAGGUAAAGCUUCAACACAGAGAAAGUAAAAAUGUUCUGGAAUUUCCAUUUCGUUGCAACUUUGCAGAUGAUGGAGUAAGAGUGGCUGAGCGUCCAGUUCUCACAGACUGUUCUCCUUUUCCAGCAGUGAAAAGCUAUGUUCUCUACAUCACCACGGGAGCAUCUCCUGGCUCAGGAACAGACGCAGAUGUGUAUGUCACGCUGCAAGGCAUUUUGGGAGAUACUGGCAGACGAAAAUUAGUCAGAAAAGGAGAUGAUAAUUUCACUAAAGGAAAGGUAGAUAUUUUUCGAGUGGAAGCAGUAGAUAUCGGGACUCUGCAAAGGAUAGUGGUCGAGAAAGGCAAAGGCUCUGACUGGCUUCUAGAGAAGAUUACUGUGAAAGAGUCAGCAGCUGCUGGGAAAGAAACAUUGUUUAUGGCUCAAACAUGGCUUAAAGACAGACGUGAUGGAAAAUGUAACUCAGUAACUCUGAAUGUCACAGAAAUUCAGGAGAGGAAGAGCACUUCUGCCUGGCCUUUAGGAAAAGAGCAAAUGAAUUCAGAAGGCAGAUGGAGGAUUUAUUUCACAAAACAUCAAGAAGAAACAAAAAAAGACUUUGAAAAGUUGUCAGAAAAUAUAUCCAAGUUGGUUAUGGUUUUUUAUGGAAGCAACGGCAAGUCAAAUCCGGUUUCCAUGGAAAACAAAGUGGAACAUCAGGCUAAGAACCAAAUAACAUAUGAUAUACAUUUACCAUCUGAUUUGGGAAUGGUUUAUAAAGUGAGACUUGGACUCCAGAGUUUGGAAAACAGCAUAUCACAGUUGUCUCUUCAUCACUUUAAAAUGCAGAACACAUCCACCCUGGAUACCUUUAGCCUGACUAUAAAUAAAACACUUCCUCUUUCUCUUAAUGGAGACAGAUGGAUUGAAUUCCCUGUAGAGUGGCCAUUAAAAGAAACACUUUCUGAGGUUAAAUAUCAUCUAACAGUAUUUUCUAGAAAUAUUUUGGCUGUGAGAAAUGUCAUGCAUAUGACUGCGUGUAUAUAUGGUACUUACGGUGACACAGGGGACAGAUCCCUUCUCUGGUCAUUGGAGAAGCAGGAAGAGAGCAAUGAGUCAUUUCUAGUUAUUGUGGAUGCUGUUGAACUGGGAGAACUGGACAAAGUUGUUCUUUUAAUCAGCAGUAAAACAGACUGCAAACUGGACAUUAAAAAAUUGCAUUUGAAAGAAGCUUUAAAGAAUCAUCCUAUCUAUGUGUUUGAAGUGAAUGAGACAUUUUCUGUGGAUCCAAAUAAGCCAGAAAUACAGAGAGAGAUCCCAGUAUCUUUUAUUAUUACAGGAGACAAACAAAAGAAUGGCACAGAUAACAACUUAAAUAAAGAAGGAAGUCAAGCAGAAAAUCAGACAGAGUAUACUAUUAAAGUAUACACAGGUGACAAAAGGGGAACAGGAACUGAUGCCAAUGUGCAUAUUAUUUUAUUUGGGGAUGAGGACAAAUCUGAGGUAUUUCACCUCUCUCAGUCACUGGAGCAUCAAGAUCCCUUUGAAAGAGGAAAGGUUGAUACAUUCAAGAUUAAGACAAAAAAAUUAGGAAGCUACAUUCCAUUGAAGUUGGUCAUGAUGGAAAAGGACUUGGAAGUGGCUGGUUUCUGGAAAAAGUAG